ACAUUUAAAUUUUAUUUUGCAUGAGUGUGCUUAAAGCUUCGCAAUAAGUUGGCAGAGUUGUCUUUAUUUAUUGGUUUCUUUUGUUGUUGUUGCGGUUUUGAUUUGUUAUAAUUUGUUAUUUUUUUAUAGUACAGAAAUUUCUGUCGAAAUUUUAAGCCUAAUUCCGGUUCGAAGCACACUCAAUGCGCUAUUUUAAAAAAAUCAAGCCGAAUUUAAACUUACAGAUCAGGGCUCACGAAGUCCAAUAAUUAAAAGUCCCAGUUUCGCGUCACAAAUGCAUCUGUGUGCGUGUGGAGGAACAGCAAAGCCAAUCAAAUAGAUAAAAUUGGACGGCCGCAGAGAAUGUUUCCACAACACUGGAGCUUUCUCGAAUAUUCUUUGGCACCGUAGCGCACUUGUAAAGAGCGAAUACAAAGAAGGAAGCAAAAGUCGUGCUGCUUAUUGAAACAAUUUGCCAUCCACAAUAACAACGCAACGAAAGCCACAAGUGGAAGGCAGGGUCAGGGGAUCGGCAAUAUGGAAUUAUAUUGCUGGGGCAAUGCAUCGCACGGCCAGCUGGGGCUUGGCGGCAUCGAAGAAGAACAGAUAUUGUCGCCCAGCCGAAUACCCUGGAAGCCAGAUUCGGCUGUUGACCAAGUAGCUUGCGGACAUCGGCACACACUCUUUCUAACUGCCAGCGGGAAGGUGUAUGCAUGCGGUAGCAAUGAUUACUCACAACUGGGACAUGAGCUACCCACCAAAAGGCCACGUAUGUCGCCAUUUCUACAGAUACCGGAGCUGCAGGACUAUGUGAUUACACAGAUUGCCUGCGGUAGUCGCCACUCGAUGGCGCUCUCCGAAUGGGGCCAAGUCCUUAGCUGGGGAGAUAAUGAAUGCGGCCAGCUGGGUCAUGCCAGCGACCAAGAUGUUAUACAACUGCCUAAAAUAGUAAGAUAUUUGGUGUCCAAGACGGUUGUUCAAAUUGCCUGUGGCAGCAAUCACAGUCUAGCCCUGACUUGCUGUGGUGAGCUGUAUUCAUGGGGCUCCAAUAUCUAUGGCCAGCUCGGUGUCAAUUCACCUUCUGAGCUCCAACAGUGCAACUAUCCCAUGAGACUGACCACGCUACUGGGCAUACCUGUGUCAGCCAUUGCCUGUGGCGGUAAUCACUCUUUUCUUAUAUCCAAGUCUAGUGCCGUGUUCGGUUGGGGUCGCAACAAUUGUGGACAGCUGGGCCUGAAUGAUGAAACGAAUCGUGCGUAUCCCACACAGCUGAAAACUCUGCGGACACUUGGCGUUCGCUUUGUGGCCUGCGGGGAUGAGUUUUCUGUGUUUCUUACCAUUGAGGGCGGCGUGUUUACCUGUGGCGCUGGUGCCUAUGGGCAAUUAGGUCAUGGAUUCAGCUCCAAUGAGAUGAUACCUCGCAUGGUUAUGGAACUGAUGGGCAGCACCAUUUCGCAGGUGGCUUGUGGCAAUCGACACACUCUGGCACUGGUGCCGUCGAGAGGCCGCAUCUAUGGAUUCGGGCUAGGCAGCUCCGGGCAGCUAGGCACGCGAAACACCAAAAGCCUUAAUCUACCACAGAUGGUCAUAGGGCCUUGGGUAUCGCCAAGUGGUUCGACUCUGCUGGAGUCCACCGAUGCGAAGAUAGCUGCUGUCAUACAUCAAAUCUUCUCCGGUGGCGAUCAAUCAAUAGUGACCACCUCUAUGUUCGCGGACAAAAUUCCGCCAACCGACUGCCGCGUCUAUAAACCGAAUUCACAGAUUCUUGUGUUGACUGCAGAUGCCACCAAAAAAUGCGCACGCAUAAAAGAAGGCGAUCAAAGCGAUUUGGAUUUAUUAAACUCCAUGGAGCUAAUAUUUAAGAGCCAGGCCUGCCUUAAUGGUUCUUUUCUGCUAGAUCAAGACAAGCACUUUAGUUGCUCCGUUCGCAAUUAUGGCCUGGAUUUAUUAGCUGCCCAGGCAGCCUUCGACAAUCUACGCAAGGUGGAGAAUCAAGGUAUCAAGCAGGUGAUUUGGGAUAACUUGUCGAAGGAGCUUCUGGGUUCGCUGGUUGCCUCGCCGGCUGAUGUGGAGAGUAUGCGGGUCUAUUUAUUGUUGCCCUUGUAUCACGAAUUUGUAAAUUCGAAGCACUACAAAAUACUGCACGUACCAUUCGCCAAUGCCAUUUUCAAGCUGACUGAGAAUCCACGCAAAGUGUUAGAAAAAUGGUGGGCUCAGACGCCGUCUGAUUAUUUCGAGCAAAUGGUCAAUAAUUUUUUGCAUGUGACGGUGCAUAUCAUCAGUUUCAAGAUGGGCAUCGAGGUGAUCAAUCACAAUGAAACGCGUCAAAAGAAGCUGUUGCCCUACAGCAGCGAUCUGGAAGCUGUCCUAGACUUUUUGGCAAAACUUUGUCGUGUGAACGACAAUCGCGACUCGCGACUCAACUUCCAGCUUUUCCACUGGCCAGAAAUUACGGACUAUGUGGACGUGCAGCAGGAAUACUUGCGCUGGAUUAUAUCCGAGUCGUCAACUGAAUUUAACAUUUGCAACUAUCCAUUCCUGUUCGAUGCAUCCGCAAAAACCUCGCUGCUGCAAGCAGACCAAGCGCUCCAAAUGCAUUCAGCGAUGUCGAACGCAAUAUCAAAUGCAUUUUACAAUCUACUCAAUUAUGGACACGUCUCGCAGUACAUUGUUUUGAAUGUGACGCGAGAGAAUCUGGUGCAGGAUUCUUUGCGUGAGCUAGAACGGUAUAGCCAAAGUGAUCUCAAGAAGCCACUGAAAAUCAAAUUUCACGGUGAGGAAGCCGAAGAUGCGGGCGGUGUGCGAAAAGAAUUUUUUAUGCUGUUGCUCAAGGAUUUGAUCGAUCCCAAGUAUGGCAUGUUCAAAGAGUUUGAGGACUCGCGCGUCAUGUGGUUCGCAGAUGUGACCUUCGAGACAGAGAACAUGUAUUUCCUCAUCGGUGUGCUAUGUGGGCUGGCCAUUUACAAUUUUACGAUAAUCAAUCUGCCUUUUCCGUUGGCGCUAUAUAAGAAGCUGCUAAAGAAACCGGUUGAUCUUAGCGAUUUACGCGAAAUGUCACCAACGGAAGCCAAUUCCAUGCAAGCGAUACUAGACUAUACAGGAGAUGACUUUAAGGAAACCUUCGAUUUGACCUUUGAGAUAUCGCGCGAUAUUUACGGCGAAGCCGAGACCCAGGAUCUCAAACCUAAUGGCAGCAGCAUUGCUGUCACAAUGGAAAACAGGCAAGAGUUUGUAAAUCUCUAUGUUGAUUUUGUAUUCAACAAAUCCGUGGAUCUUCACUAUCGUGCCUUUCAUGAGGGUUUUAUGAAAGUUUGUUCAGGCCGUGUACUGCAAAUCUUUCAGCCUGAAGAACUGAUGGCUGUUGUAGUGGGAAAUGAAGAAUAUGAUUGGCAGGUACUAGAGGACAAUUGCGAGUACAAGGAGGGCUAUGCGUCCGGCGAUGAAACGGUGAAAUGGUUUUGGGAAGUUUUUCACGAACUGUCCGAUGCAGAAAAGAAAAUGUUUCUGCUCUAUUUGACAGGCAGCGAUCGUAUUCCCAUACAGGGCAUGAAAGCCAUCAAGAUUGUCAUACAGCCCACACCUGAUGAACGCUUCUUGCCCGUAGCACACACAUGUUUCAAUUUGCUGGAUCUCCCACGAUAUAAGACCAAGGAACGACUCAAGUAUAAGCUGCAACAAGCUAUACAACAAACUCAGGGGUUUAGUCUGAUCUAAUAAUUUUAUCAUAGCGUUAUUGAGUGCAGACAUUUUUUCGUAUUUUCUAAAACACAUUUAGCAUUUGCCUUGAAUUAUAAGUAAAACAAAAACGGUAGGAAACCAUAUAAAACACCAGUUUUCAGAGAUCUA